UUCCCAUCGCUAAGAAAGUAUAAUCUACAAAUUCUUUGAAAAAAAAAACAUCAGCGCGUACCUAAUCGACUUCAUCGACGGAAUUGAUGUAAAAUUAUAACAGUACUCCAACAUCUUCUAUUCUUAGAAUAGUCAAAAAAUUUACAAUUUCCACCUUCAAAGGGCGGUCGGCCAAAUAAUCCCACGCUACUCAAGAGUAACUUAAACCCUCAAAAAAAAAAAACAAAAAAAUAACUAUGUCCUUUGACGCGAUACCCAAGGAUCUGAGGGGUCUGCGGGCGUGCCUGGUUUGUUCCUUGGUGAAGAGUUUUGACCAAUUUGAGACUGACGGCUGCGAAAACUGCGAGGAGUUCUUGCGCAUGAAAGGCAACAAAGAUAAUGUGUACGACCACACCAGCAACAAUUUUGAUGGGCUUAUAGCUUUGACAACACCCACCGAUUCCUGGGUGGCGAAAUGGCAGCGAUUAGCUCGAUUUACACGCGGCAUCUAUGCUAUAUCCGUAUCAGGAACUUUACCUCAAUCAACUUUAAGAGAUAUGAAGAACCGGGGUAUUGUCUACAAAUCCCGCGAUAGGAGUCAACGCUAAAUAUUUUUCGGCCGUACAAAAUACAAAUGUAAAUCUUUAUUUUUAAGUCAUAACAAAACCACGAAUACAUACAAGAGCAAUACAAAAUGGA